UGGGGUUAUACGUCACCUAACCUGGCAACCCAAGAGUCUGGCCUCAGAGCUGAAAAAGUUGUUGUUGUAGGGGAAAAUGGCGUCAAACGUAGAGUCCCCGGAGCGCUGGUACCUCGCCCUACUCGGGUUUGCGGAGCAUUUUCGAACCUCUAGUCCGCCUAAAAUCCGUCUCUGCGUGCACUGUCUACAGGCCGUUUUUCAGUUUAAGCCUCCGCAGAGGAUCGAGGCCCGAACACAUCUUCAAUUGGGCUCGGUUCUUUAUCAUCACACCAAGAAUAGCGAUCUGGCCCGCAGCCACCUGGAGAAAGCGUGGUUUAUAUCUCAACAGGUCCCGCAGUUUGAAGAUGUCAAAUUUGAAGCUGCCAGCAUAUUGUCAGAACUCUUCUGCCAACAGAAUUUGGUGGACUCUGCAAAACCCCUACUGCGCAAGGCCAUCCAGAUUUCACAGCAAACACCAUACUGGCACUGCAGAUUGUUGUUCCAGCUGGCGCAACUUCAUACACUAGAGAAAGACUUGGUGUCAGCGUGUGACCUGCUGGGCGUUGGGGCCGAGUAUGCCCGAGUGGUGGGCUCAGAAUAUACCAGGGCAUUGUUUCUCCUUAGUAAAGGAAUGUUGCUGCUAAUGGAGAGGAAACUCGGGGAGGUGCAUCCUCUCCUCACACUGUGUGGAACUAUUGUAGAAAACUGGCAGGGAAACCCAAUCCAAAAGGAGUCCCUUAGGGUCUUCUUCCUGGUCCUACAGGUCACACACUACCUGGAUGCUGGACAGGUCAAGAGUGUGAAGCCAUGCCUGAAGCAGCUGCAGCAGUGCAUCCAGGCUAUCUCAACUCUCCAUGAUGAUGAGAUUCUACCCAGUAACCCUGCUGACCUCUUCCACUGGCUGCCCAAGGAGCACAUGUGUGUCCUCGUGUAUUUGGUGACAGUAAUGCACUCCAUGCAAGCGGGCUAUCUGGAGAAAGCCCAGAAGUACACAGACAAGGCUCUUAUGCAGUUAGAGAAACUAAAAAUGUUGGACUGCAGCCCAAUCUUGUCUACUUUUCAGGUCAUUCUACUGGAGCACAUCAUCAUGUGUAGACUUGUCACAGGCCACAAGGCCACUGCAUUACAAGAGAUCUCACAGGUGUGUCAACUAUGCCAGCAGUCCCCCAGGUUAUUCACCAAUCACGCCGCUCAGCUUCACACGCUACUAGGUCUGUACUGCAUCUCAGUGAACUGUAUGGAUAAUGCAGAGGCACAGUUUACCACGGCUUUGAGGCUCACCACUCACCAAGAACUGUGGACAUACAUUGUAACUAACUUGGCCAGUGUCUACAUAAGGGAAGGAAACCGACACCAGGAGCUGUAUAGCCUCCUAGAGAGAAUAAACCCAGACCACAACUUCCCAGUAAGCUCCCAUUGCCUCCGUGCUGCCGCCUUCUACAUCAGGGGACUCUUGUCUUUCUUUCAAGGACGCUACAAUGAGGCCAAACGUUUUCUAAGGGAAACCCUAAAGAUGUCUAAUGCUGAGGAUCUGAACAGACUGACUGCCUGCUCUCUGGUUCUGUUGGGCCACAUCUUCUAUGUGCUGGGAAACCACAGAGAGAGUAACAACAUGGUUGUGCCUGCCAUGCAGCUUGCCAGCAAGAUCCCUGACAUGUCUGUUCAGUUGUGGUCUUCAGCCCUGUUGAAAGACUUGAACAAGGCCCUUGGGAACACCAUGGAGGCCCAUGAAGCAGCCCAGAUGCACCAGAACUUCUCCCAGCAGCUACUUCAGGACCACAUCGCUGCCUGCAGCCUGCCUGAGCAUAACCUUAUCAGUUGGACUGACGGUCCACCUCCUGUCCAGAUCCAAGCCCAGAACGGCCCUACCACCAGCCUUGCAAGCCUGCUAUGAGGAACCUUCUGCCUCACUUGUGACUGUAACCGGUACACUAUCACAAACAACAGAAUGAUGCCUAACAACCUGCUGUCACAUCAUUUCAGUUUGAAAGGAUUUCAACAGUUGACAAUGUUUAGGCUUUCACUUUAUUGGCUUCUGAAGAUUUCUUGAUUGUCUGCACUGCCUUUUUAAACAUCUUAAAACAA